UAUGGUGACAGAGACACUGACCUGCACCAAAUGUAGAGCCACCCACGUGUCUUGGAGCCAAACUGUCCUCAGGCAGCUGGACUUGGCUCACAGGUCUGAAUUCCGGGUGAUCCUGACCCAGAAAUAUGCCUGUGACAUCCGGGUGAUCCGCUUCCUGCGGGAGAGAGGUCUGGGUAACAGUCCAACACGGGUUGUUAAGCAGCUGAUGGAAAACCACUCUGAGGAGUGGCUGCAUCGGGUUGCCAGGUACACCACAGAGUGUGUGGACUUUCAGCAGCGCCCCGGACUGCUGCCCAUGACUUUCCCUGAGCCCCCUGAGCCUUCUGUGGUGCCAAGCUGCAAGUGGCUCCUGUCUGUCUACAGCCAGGACAUCUUGACAAGGCUCGAGGACAUCAAGGCCAGGAUAACAUCCACCUUUGGCACAAUUUUAAAGAUGGACUCGACCAAAAAGAUCACCAAGAAGCUUGCCGGCACGGCUAAAGGGACAGCUCUCUGGCUCACCUCCGUGGGGAAUGAGCAUGGUCAGAUUCUGAUCAGCGUGCUGACCGCUCAGGAGGGAGCUGGCCUGGACAUGAUGGCAGCAGACCUGGUACAGCGUUACCAGAAAGCUGGUGUCCAUCCCCCUGUUGCCCUGUAUGUGGACUGUGGCUGCUGCUCCAACGCUGGGGAGACCAAGCUGGAGGCCAGAUUCGGUGGGUGGCCUGACCUCAUCGUCAGGCUCGAUAUCUGGCACUUCAUGCGCAGAAUUGCCCUGGGAUGCGCAACAGAUGCUCAUCAGUUGUACCCGGUCUUUAUGUCACGCCUGUCAGCGUGCAUAUUUGAGUGGGAUGCAGCUGAUUUAGCUCUGUUGCGCGAAGCAAAAAAACAGCAGCUUCAGUCCCAGGGCAUGGCAGUCACAGAUCAGGACAUCAACAGGCAUCUGUCCAGGGGGGAGCUGGCCCUCCAUUGUCGGAGGAGAACCCGGGGUGAAGAGGCCACCACCCAGAUGCUGGAGGAGCUGCUGCAGGGGCUGACGGGGACCAGUGGCAACGACUCUCUUGGAGUUCCCCUGUUUGACAUGGACAGGAUGGAGCACAUCUGGCAUGUCCAAAGCAAGCACAUCAAAUGCAUCCAGGACCCGCCAGGUGUGUCUCUCUACACAAAAACAGGGGAGCUCACUAAGGGAGGUGUGCGGUUGCCCACAUUCAGGUGCGCCAGGGGCUCUACAUCUUUGGAGUCCUUUCAUUUGCACCUCAACCGCUUCAUCCCAGGAACCAGUGCCAACAGCCUGAAUUUUCAGGUUUACUUGCUUGAAGGACUCCAUAGGUGGAACCAGGACCGUGGUAGUGCUGCCCUGUCGGCUGGACCAUCUGCUUUCCGCAGCUACUCGGGUGACCUGCUUCACUGUGUGAACAGGAACUAUGAGAAGCUGUUUGGCAGGAAGGUGGUCCCAGAGUUCUGUCCACCGUCCCCUUACACUGGAGAGCUCAUAGGGCUGCAGUAUCUGUUCCGGCAGACUGGUCAGGCACUGCAGGAUAUGCACCCUGAUUCGGAGGAGACUGCUCAGAUGGUGGAGGAGCAUAAUGUGGAGGACAAUGAGGAGGAAGAUGAGGGGUUUGCCGAAGCAGCAGAGGACCCAACAGUGCUGGACCAGGAAGCUCUCCAUGCCCCUGCCACUCUGACUCCUGGCCUGAGCUCUAGUGUGUCCACAGCUCAGCUCACCUCCUCCACAACAGCUCCUUGCAGUUCCUCCAGCCAAGCUUCGAGCACCUCCUUCAUCCCAGCUCCUAGCACCUCCUUCGGGACAGCUCCCAGCCCACUGGCCAUAGCUCCCUCUCCUGGCCCAUCUGCAGUAGCCUCUGCUUCGUCAUCUCUGGUCUCAACUUCAUCCUCUGAGACUGGAGUUGAUAUGCAGCCUCAUGAUGAUGAUGUGGCUGUGGACGAGCAGAAUGUCCCUGGCUACCAGAACGUGGACAGACUCGCUGAGUUUUUGGUGGAGCUUCGGAGUCAGACGUCCCUGUGUCUCACCAACCAGCAGGCCAGCACCAUCAAAGGCCUGUGGGACAGCCUCAACGAGCGGGACAGGCAGCGGGUGGUAUAUGCUGCUCGACACCAGGACAGGCUCCUGACUGGAAGGUUCAGAACACCGAAGAAGCCCUCAACCACGCCUGGUGUGGAGAGCACUGCCCGCUGCCUGUUAGGUGCAAGUAGCGCGCCUGCUCAGUGGCCUAACUGCUGUCGGUUGGUGGAGAACAUUUUCAUUCGACUCUGCAGCAUUCACCAAGGCCCAGUGAGGAGAGGGAAGACAGCUGUCUCGAGGUGGUCCCUUAUCUUGAGGGAUUACCACAGGAUAAGGCAGCUGGUGCUAGGGAACUCUCUGGUGAUGCAGCAGACAGCCAUUCAGCUGGUGGAGGUCAACCAGAACACCCUGAUCCAGUGGUUCAACUCCAGGCAGAAGAGACAGGAACUGUCUGUGCUGCUUCAGGGUGCCGUCCUACCUCCAGCCAUCUCUGAAUCUGCAGAGCCUCUUCAGGAGGCAAGAGUGCUAGCUGCUCAGCCUGCACCAGCGCAGCAGGAGCACCAGUACUGGCUGCCAGAGAGCACAGCUGGUCAGGCACAGCAGAGGCAGAGGGGUCCUAGUCAGGUCCCCCGCACCAUCUUACCGAAAACACCGGGCAAGAGGCCUCUGUUUGCCGGCCCCCCAGCACCAGCACCCAGUCUGACAACCCAGUUUGUCUCUCCACCUGGACAAAAUGUCAGACUAAUACAAGUGCCAGUUAUAUAUCCUGUGGCAGUUUUCCCUCAGACAGGUGCAGCUACAAGCCAAGAAGAAGCCCCACCCAAGAGGCCAUACAGGAGGACGGUGGAGGCUAACACCUGCAAAAAGUGUGGCCAGUUCAGGAAUGCCGAAACUGGCCACAGCCAGUACUAUGGCAAAGUGUACUGCCCUGAGUUUGAGACCCUCACCAAACAGCAGUGGCUGGAGGAAAUGAGGAAGAAAUUCCAGAAAUAGGCUGAUCUUGUAAAUAAUAACUAAAAUGGCACACUAAAUUAAAACUGUAAAAAUUGUAUAUAGUUGUAAGUAUUUAUGUUUAUUUUUGUUGUUUUGUAAGUUAUGAUAGUGUGCAAUAAAUUGUUAUAUUUUCUACAAACAAACACAA